AUAUACACUGUUUUGAGUCGACAAGAGUUAAUUUGACAGAACCCUUAAGUUUAUAUUUGAUAGCACAAGGACCAUAAGGCUCGUAUGUGCGAAGGACAGGAAGUUUACGCUUACGCUUACUUGAUUCGCUCAAGGACGGAUGGAGAAAAGGAAUAAAUAAUUUUAUUACUAAUAUACAGCUAGAAGUGUUGUUUUCGUUUAUAUUUUACCUUCACUGGCAAUAGAAGGAGCAGUUAAUUCAAGCAGACUCAGAUCAGACUCUGUUCCUGGAACUCAUGUAACAGCUUGCAUUAGAUUCACCAUUCUCAGGUCAUCGUCAUGCUAAGCGAGGCAUUCCUCCAUGUCCUGAACUACACCAAUAAAAGCCCUGAACAAACAGCUUCCUCCGAGCAGAAUGCAUUGAUGCACACAAUCUCACGCACUGCUCCUGCACCAGAACCUGCAGUGGCUCGCCUGAGCUCCAGAUCGCCUCGGACGCCUCGGCCACUGCGAGCCAGUUGGCCUGACGGCCCUGACAAGCCUGGGACUCACCUGACAUCUCUGCCCAGUACGGCUCUCCCAAUUCCCAGCAGCAACACUGAGGAUCUCUGGGGCCUGGAGCUCUGCAGCUCUUUGUACUGUCCAAGUUUCUAUAAAGAUUACCCGGACCUGCAGCUCGCAGGAGGCACCUUGGGGCCCCUGAACCCGACUCCACAAUCCCAUGGUCCUCUAUUGAACUCCGAGGAUCUCGGCUCCCUGGAGGACUCGAUGGGCCCAGGGGAGAUAAAGGGGAACCGCACCGAGAUGGAUGAGGGCUACCUGGUCAUAGAGAGCAUGAGAAGCCUCGGGAAGGAGCAGAGGCUCACCAACUCCAUGCUGAAUGGUUUUCUGGAGACACAGCUGAUGGAGGUCUACCGGCAGCACAUGCAGGACAGUCUGGCACGCUGUGGCCCGGCUUCGCUAAGCGCUAGCGUGGUGCCAGGGAUCUGCGGCAAUCUGAACGUGGCUGAGAGAAACGCGACCACUAAGGGGAACGAGCUGCACUCGAGCCAAAGCCAGAGCAGCGUCAGAUACCUGAGCACCUGUUCGGCUCCACCCACUUCACACUUUAGCACACCUGUGCUGCGCAUUUCAUAUCAACAGGAGCCUGAAUCCUGAACACACACACAAACAAACACAGUCAGCUGUAACAUAAAGGUCAUUUUUAUAUUAAUCAAUAUUUAAUCAUUCAAAUAAAAAUUAUAUUAAUAGCCAUAAGUAUGAUGGACACCUCAUCAAUCAUACUCAUAAAGGCACUGCUGGAACAGGUUUGGUAUCUUUAGUUGUGAUGAAGGGAAAAUGUACUAUUAUAGCUUACACAGUUGUGCCCUUUGUGUACUUAGUAUGACACUGAGUGUUUAAUGCUUAGUUGUGUUUCAGGGUUGCCAGAUUGGAACAAUAUUAACACCAUGCCACACUGAUGCACUUUUCUUACUCUUUACACUGUGGGAAUAAGUUACAGUAGGAUAUAUGGGUGUCCAAAUACUUUUGACCAUAUAGUGGGUGUGUUUAUAUACUGUAUAUAAUCAACAUAAUAAAAUGCAACCUAAUACAAAAAAACUUUCGUUUUCUCUGAUUUUCCAAAGCAACGACUUCUUUCUCUCUCAUUAAUCACAGUUUAUUGCUGAAUACUGAAUAUUCUGUUUGCUUCAAAAGUUUCCAAAUAAACAACACUUUUAGAGACACUUGUGAACUUCCUCAGUGUUACAUAAACAAAUCUACUGUGUCUUGUGAAUGGAUGUUGGGCUCUGAAGGGUCGACUGGAGCUGCUGAUUAUCACUGACUCGUUUCUUUCUCUUUCAGAUUUCAGCUUUGGGAACACCAGUGUGCCUCAGUACUGAUGUUACAGCACCUAGAGAACUCCUGUACAGUUUUACAGGACAGUUUAGAGAAAGAUUUAAUUUUA